AUGACCAGCGCACCGCUCGACCUAUCCUCUGUCGAACGAAGGGGCCAGCCUACAGCAGUUCGAGAACCGAUCAAGAAGAAGAGCCGCCCAUAUGGGCUGCAGGAGGCACCAGUGUACAAGCCCACUGAGGAGGAAUGGCGAGAUCCUUUCGAGUACAUUCGAAAAAUCACACCAGAGGCCAAGAACUAUGGUCUCUGCAAAAUCAUACCUCCCGAGUCAUGGAAUCCAGACUUUGCAAUAGACACAGAGAAAUUUCACUUUAGAACGAGAAAGCAAGACUUGAACAAUGUGGAAGGCAGUAGCCGAGCGAACCUGAACUAUGUCGAUGCUCUCCUCAAGUUCCACAAGCAGCAUGGAAACAACCUCAACCGAAUGCCAUUUGUCGACAAGCGACCCCUUGAUCUCUACCGACUGAAAAAGGCUGUGGAGUCCCGUGGAGGCUUUGAGAAGGUGUGCAAACUCAAGAAAUGGGCCGAGAUUGGCCGUGACUUGGGCUACAGCGGCAAAAUCAUGUCAUCCUUGUCGACAUCUCUCAAGAACUCCUACCAGAAAUGGCUUUGUCCAUAUGAGGAUUAUCUACGGUUGGCCAAGCCAGGUGUUCAACAGCAGCUUGAAUGGGAGAACGGUGGCCCACUGACCCCUAGUCCGGCCCCAAGCCCUAUGAAGAGAUCUAAUGUGAACACACCGUCUAGUCUUCGAGGCGACUCUCCAGCUCGACAUGCGACUGAUGCCUUGCAGGCAUCUGUGAACGGCAGGGUGAAUGGGACUGACCGUGACACUCCAAUGGCUGAUGCUCCCGCUGUCGCCACGCCACCUGUCACUUCUGGAUUCAAGGCUAUCAACUCGGGCGGGUUUACAGCAGUCAAUGCUGGAUUCACUAGCGUUAAUCGCUCAGUGCCUCCAGAAGGCAACACCUUCACGCCUCCCAAACAAUUUGGAAGCCCAUUAUCAUCAGCGAAAAACACCCCUGAGUACCGGCCUUCUGGUUUGGGACCUGCACAUGUGCUCAAACGACAGCAGAGUUGUGACAGCCUCGAUUCAGCUAAGAAGGAGAGUGCCGCCGAGAAAGACGACGAGAAUGUAAGCCGCAGAAGCAAGCGACUCAAGAAAGAUACCGUCCCGACUGUGGCUGGUUCGCAUAUGACCUUGUUUCGCCCGACCGUCCCCAGAAUACUCAGAGACGAGACUUCGGCUCCGGGUGAGAAAUGUGAGCAGUGUGGCAAAGGUGAAGAGGGUGGCUUCAUCAUUGUCUGUGAAUCAUGUGAUCAUGGCUAUCAUGGCACGUGCCUGGAUCCGCCCCUGAAGGCAAAGCCAGAGAACGAGUGGAACUGUCCUCGAUGUCUUGUCGGCGAUGGCCAGUUUGGCUUCGAGGAAGGCGGGUUGUACUCUCUCAAACAAUUCCAAGAGAAAGCGGCGGACUUCAAGCAAGGGUACUUCGAGAAGAAGAUGCCACACGAUCCGCUUCUCAACUGCUCCCGACCGGUGACCGAAGACGAUGUUGAACGGGAAUUCUGGCGACUGGUCGCUGAUUUGGAUGAGGAAGUGCAAGUAGAAUACGGCGCUGAUAUUCAUUGCACGACUCACGGUUCCGGAUUCCCCACCGUUGAGAAACAGCCCAAUAAUCCCUAUUCGACCGACCCCUGGAAUCUCAAUAUUCUCCCUUUGCAUCCGGAGAGCUUGUUCCGGCACAUCAAGUCCGAUAUCUCUGGUAUGACCGUUCCCUGGGUCUACGUGGGAAUGAUCUUCUCAACUUUCUGUUGGCACAACGAGGAUCACUACUCAUAUUCGGCUAACUAUCAGCACUUUGGGGCGACAAAGACCUGGUAUGGUAUCCCUGCUGAAGACGCAGAGAAGUUUGAGCAUGCUAUGAGAGAAGCGAUACCCGAGCUUUUUGAAACGCAGCCCGAUCUUCUCUUCCAGCUCGUCACUCUCCUCACUCCCGACCAAUUGAAGAAAGCAGGUGUUCGUGUAUACGCUCUGGAUCAGCGCGCCGGCCAGUUGGUUAUCACUUUCCCUCAAGCGUACCAUGCGGGCUUCAAUCAUGGGUUCAACUUCAACGAAGCCCGGUACCUCGGGAAGGACCAUGUUCUUUACUUCCGCAAGGCCGACGAGCUUAUUAAUGCGACCUACAAGAAAGUUGCAGACAAGGCUAAUCUGCCGGAAAUUUGGGAGGAGAAGUAUGAGAAGGCGUUGGAUGAGGAAGCCACUCCGUCACUUAAGACUUUACGGACCCUGCUCAAUGAGGGCGAACGCAUCCCGUACGAGCUAAAAUCUCUUCCGAUGUUGCGAGCGUAUGUCGAGCGAUGUAAUCACUGGGUGGAAGAGGCCACGAACUAUACCGUUCGAAAACAGCAAAACAGGCGGAAGAGCGAAAAAUCAUGGCAGAGCGGGCUGCGCAAGUCUAUUGGCAACUCUCAACAGGACGAGAAAGAGCGCGAGAUGCGAAAUGUCCGCAACAUCUACCGUCUCCUUGAGGAGGCGGAGCAAAUAGGAUUCGACUGUCCUGAGAUACUCCAACUCCAGGACCGUGCCGAGGCCAUCAAAGCUUUCCAAGAGAACGCCGGCCAGGUUCUCGAAAACCCAACAUCACUCCAGACCGUUGAAGCCGUAGAAGAGCUGCUCGAAGAAGGCCAAAGCUUCAAUGUCGACCUCCCAGAAGUGGACAAACUGACGCGGGAGCUCGACCGGUUGAAGUGGAAUCACAAGGCAAAGGUCAACCGGGGCGUCGUCAUGACUCUCAGUGAAGUCAGAGAUCUGAUCGAAGAAGCAACAGAGCUGAACAUUCCUCCCUACAACGAUCACAUGGCGUAUUACAUGGAGCAGUACUCAGCUGGAAUUCACUGGGAGAAGAAAGCCAAGGAACUGAUCAAUGCAGAGAUGGUUCACUACCCUCAGCUGGAAGCACUCUCGAACCAAGCUCAACAAAAUGCCUUGCCUGUCUCACAAGAUACACUCCAGGCCGUUGAUCAAAUCCUCUACAAGCAGAGAGAGGCGCAUCGGCAAAUAAUUGACUUGAACAAUCGGUCUCGAGAUCCGGAUUACCGCAAACGACCCAAGUAUAACGAAGUCGCGGACGUUAUGAAGAAGAUCGAGGAUUUGCAGUCUAAACCUGUCGGCACUCUGGAUCUUGAGAAGGAGCAAAAGCGGCAUGAAGACUGGAUGCGACGGGGCAAGAAACUUUUCGGCAAGACAAAUGCGCCUCUGCAUAUUCUUAAGAGCCACAUGGAAUACGUGCUGGACCGAAAUCUUGACUGUUUCGACAUUGUCAAUGACAAGCCGCGCUUGCCAGCAGAGCCAGCGUCACGGGAACCGAGCCCGGAUGGAAAGAUGCACCGCUGGGAAGAUCCAAGAUUUCGUGAAGUUUUCUGUCUAUGUCGCCGCAUCGAAGCUGGUAUGAUGAUUGAAUGUGAACUGUGUCAUGAAUGGUAUCAUGGCAAAUGUCUGAAGAUUGCCCGUGGCAAGGUCAAAGAGGAUGAUAAAUAUACAUGUCCCAUCUGCGAUUGGAGGGUCAAAAUUCCUCGCGAUGCUGCUCGUCCAAAUCUGGAAGAUCUCCUUUCAUGGUACGAGGAAAUUCCAGGCCUUCCAUUCCAGCCGGAAGAGGAAGAGGUUCUCAAGAAGAUCAUCGAUAACGCUCAGGACUUCCGAAAUCAUAUUGCGGCAUACUGCAAUCCUGUUCUGUCUACAGCCAACGAAGCCGAAACUCAAAGGUUUUAUCUACGAAAGAUUGAAGGUGCAGAGAUUCUCCUCGCUUACGAAACAAAUUUCUUCCGUCAAGAAUUGCAUAAAUGGAGUCCUGUGGCACCAGAAGCACCACCGGUAAUUGAGUUUUCUAAGAGUACGCGCAAACCGAGGCCGACAAAGUUGCAAAAGAUGCUCCAGCAGUAUGGCGUUGACGACCCAGAGGAUCUGCCUGAGGCAGCCAAGGCAAAGGCUAAUAGCCUCAAGCGAAAGGCGCUCAAUGCAGAGGCCGCCGCUGCUGCAGCGGCAUCUGGUCUUCCUGGCGGCAGUGGAACUGCCAUCAGCCCGGGAUCUCAUGGCAUGCAUCCUGGCUUCUUUAUGCCGGAUGGCGCUGGACCACAUCUUCUUGCUGACACCAAUUCGAACCUGUCGCUUGAGGAAAGACUCCUGCGGGCUAAUUCCGAUGAUGUUAAUGGUGCAGACUUUAGUCUGUUGACUGAUGCUGGAAAGGAGAAGGCUCUCGAGAUCCUCAGUCGCACUGAAAGCGGUCGGCGCAGAGCAGAGGAGCUCCUGGGUCGCGGCAUUUGGAGCGAUGAAGCGGGCACUCAGAAUGAAGAAGUUGAUGGCGGCGACAUGGAUCGCAUGUUUGCCGACAUGACCAAUCAGGAUGACGAUGAGGACGACGGAGGAAAGCGCAGAGACGACCAUGCCGUUACCGCUGAAAGCCUAGAGAGCGAGAGGAAUGGCAUGGAUGCUUUGUUGGACAGCGAUUAA